AUGAAAGGAGGACUCCUUGAAGUUUUUGUUGUGAGUGCCAGAGGCAUUAGCCACUCCAACAUUAUUGGAAAACCGUCGUAUUAUGUGAUUGUGGAAUGUGGAUCUCAAUCCUACAAAACCAAAAUUUCCUCAGGUAAUCCAAAGGAAAUUUUGUGGAAUGAGAAGUUUAAGUUUGCAUUGCCAGCUAACAAUUUAGAAGAACGUAACUACCUUAAAUUAAAAAUUAUGGACGAAGAAUUCUUUUCAGCUGGUGGAUUUGUCGGUGAAACAAGAAUUAAUCUGAAAGGAGUUAUUCUGGAGGGGAAUGAAAAGGGAUUCAUUGAAGUUCUACCAGUUGCUUAUAAUGUGGUGCUUGAAGAUGACACAUACAAAGGGGAGAUAAAAGUUGGACUAAGAUUCAAUCCAAGCAAUGUAUGCAUCUUUUAUAAAUUUUUUCAUAAUUGCAAUUUGUAUACUAUUACUCUCCCGCUUCCAAUUUAUGUGGUACCGUUCGGAUCAUAUAAGUCCUUUUAA